UAUACGGUAUUGUAUCCUGUAAGGCUAGGCUCUGUUAACCUGGAACGAUUCUAAGGCUUGGGCGGAUCAAAAAUACACCGUCUGUGGUAAAUUCAUUGCUUGUUUUUUAUUUACACGCGAUAGGUGUCCCACCAGAGAGAAGUUACAGAUUUGGACUGGUAGAGUUGAGACCAUUACAGUACCAUGGUUGUACGAGCAGAGAAGACCCAGCGAAGACCAAGCCUUGCAUAAGCAGAUGGUUUUUACGGGGGGAGCUGUCUGCCGGUGGUAAGGUCGAACAAUACCAUGGAGGUACCUCCAUGGCAAUACCGAGGAAAUGUUGUUCAAUAACCGGGUGGUCAGCAGUGUAUAUUCGGUGUAUAAAAAUAUAGGCCUAACUGCAGCUAUUGCGUUUGUAUGUGUUUUCAGAGUUUGGUCUUUGCGUCUCGAUCGAUCCGAAUUCUCUGGCACCCUUUCACUUUCGCAUUAUCUAUGUACGUACAUUCAACACAGAGGUGUGGUUCUAUAUGGCUAUGAUUCGACCAAACAACCUAAUCCACCUUGGUGUAUGCGAGAGCUAACGAGUUUUCAAGACGACAAUGAGGUCUCCCAACUUUUGUCCAAAGGGAGUAUUUUUAAUCGUGAUUUUGGUAAUUUCUAAAGGGAGUGCAAUUUGAUCAUAGAGCAGGAUCAUGCUGUGAUAGUUUGACGUCUGUGAAUCACAUGGGCUAGCAGUUGUCCCGUAGAGCUGCUUGGCCUCCGUUAUCGUUGCAACUGGCCCUUUGUAGAUAGAGCUUGGCUUCCGGACAAUUUGGUCAGCAAACUGCAUUGAGGGAGGGUUCAUGUUUCUGUUGUGUUGAGUCUCAUAGCAGACUGGAAAGCCUGUCUAAAACAGCUCCACCCCAAUCUGUGGUAUGACCUCCUGUCUAAAUCGCCGGUUUUUAGGUGUCCCUUGGUGCAUUCUGUUUGUAUCCAUAGAGCAAGGAAGAUCCAAGACCGGUCUUCCAACGUGCCUGCGCCUGGAUCAGUGGGACAGCUCUAAAUGUAGCACAGAAUUGGGCCUUCAGCAAACGAAACACAGCAAUGCCCAUACUCGUUGUGCUUAAGAGACAUUCUUAUUGACUUUUCGGGACUAAGUUUUAUGCAUGAGCUUUUGAAAAAAAAUUGAACUUUUUAGUUCUACAAAUAUCUCAAUCGAACGAUUACUGGUCAGCUAUCUUCUAUUCUGAAGUGUUUGAUUUAUCGUUCAGUUUCUAGACUCGGUUGCUGUGUGUGUCCGUGAGCGUAGAUUUGAGGACAUUGGUUGGUUAAGAAACACUUGUAUCAGAAUGGGAGUUUGUGUUUAUAUCCGUCGUCUGUUAGGCGGCAUCACAGUGGAACCUUUAGUGCUGGCUGCCAUGACAGCUAUAUACUUCCUCGUCCAGGGCAGGCAGCAGUUUUUCUUCUUCAAACUCUGCAUGAUCAACUACAACGACCUGGAAGCCUGUUACAACCUUAGUGGGAAUCCUCACUGGGAAGAGCAGGUCCAGAUUGACACUGCUCGCUGGAUGAUGUACACGGACAUCGCACUGCUGGUUCCGACUUUGUGUUCCAGUCUGGUCCUAGCUGCGUGGUCCGAUCGGAGCGGCCGGAAACCUGCACUCAUCAUCGGAUGUCUAGGUGGUGUUAUUUUCGGAACAGUCUGGCUAGUUUGUUCCGUGUGGAUCCACAUCCCGAUGCCAUUUCUACUCCUAGGAUCGUUGGGUCUAGGAGCUUCGGGUGGCCAGGUCAUCAUCAUGGCGACUGCUGUGAGUUACAUUGCGGAUAUCACAACCACAGAGGAGCGAGUAAAACGUGUUGGGCUAGCUGAUGGAGCUCUCUUUAUAGCAUCCGUUAUUUCGUUAUUUUCAUCAGGGCUACUGUUGGAUGCCCAUCUCUAUUCGCUCCUCUUCAUUCUUAUGAUUGUGCUUUUCCUUUGUGGUAUAUUAUACACACUUGUGUGUUUGAAUGAAACGCGUCCACUGGAGUCUUCCGAGAACUCAACGGUGCAAGAAACGGAUCCCUUGCUCGGGGGAUGUGGAGAGCCGAAUGACGGCGAGGACUUGGCGCACGCCCCUCGCGACCACGACGGGGGUGUCGGUGGGUUUUGUGCGGCGUGUUGUAGCGUAGACUUGGUGCUGAGAUCCUUCGUUGUUGCUGUUAGGAAACGGCCAGGGCGGAAGAGAUUGAUUAUUAUUCUGGUGAUGGUCGCAUUUCUUGUGAAUCAGGUCGCGUUUGUUGGUUUCCAAAGUGUGUUUGUGUUAUAUGCCAGCAAAGCACCCUUCAGAUGGAGUCCAUUCAUGAUCGGUUCCUUAAUAGGCGUCAUAGCAAUAGCAAAUGCCAUUGCUCUGCUGGUGUUUCUACCCUGUUUACGAUGGGCACACGUCAACAAUAAUGUCAUAGUUAUUUUGGUCUUGCUGUCCAUAAGCAUCAGCUGUGGACUUUUCUCGAUUGCCAGAACAACAACUGCCAUUUGGUUAGCCGCAAUGCCAACGUUUGUCUUCGGAUUGGUUCCCGCAAUUUACAAAGGAUUGACAACUAUGUUAGUUCCUGGUGACGAAACAGGUAGUGUGGUGGCCUUGCUGAUGAAUAUGGACGCCAUUGCUACGUUGUGUGCUGCACUCAUAUUUGAUAAUCUCUACCCUGCAACUCUUCAUAUUCUUAAUGGGACCGUCAGCUUCCUAACUGCCAGUGGACUUUUCUUUCUUGAACUGUGUAUCUUCCUAGUCGUCGCAUACUUCUUAAAGUAUCAUAGUGGUAAUGAGGAUUCAGGUUCAGUCGAUGAAGCUACAACGUAAUGACGUAAUGACGUCACUAGAGAAGGGAGUCAAAAUGGCCACGUUCGAUCAGGGUCAUUGUGAACCAUUUAUGCUCAAUUGGCUAUCGAAGUUCCAUUAAAAUAAUGAAAUAAAAAACACCAUUGU